AUGAAUUAAAGAAAAAUUUUAAGAUAAUAUUAUUAAGUCUAGAAAUACUAAAAAUCCAUUUUCUUAAUUUCAGAUGAAUAUCUUUUAAAUACACUGAUUAUUUUAGAACACAAAAAAACGAAUGAGAAGCGUUAAGUAGGUAGCUUUUUAUGCGCAUUAUAAUGUAAAAAAGAAAAAAAUUUAUGGACAAGUACUAUAUUUAGUAAAUAAUUAAUGGAAUAAAAAUAAAUAAAUAUAUUAGAGUUUUGA